AUGACAGCGUAUAUCCCGUACCUGCCCGCAGAAAUCCAUCGCAUUAUCGCGGAAUACGUCCAUCGCGAAGAUCUGCCAAGCUACCGGCUCGUCAACAGACAACUGUGCGACAUGGCCACCGAGGAAUUAUUCAGCACAAUCGUUUUCCACUACAGUACUGCGAGCAUUGAUCGCCUGAAAAGGCUCGGUUGGAAUGCACGUCUUCGAGGACAGGUGAAGAACAUCUUCUGGGACGUCAACCAGUGGAGCGUAGGUAAUGUGCGCGACUUUCACGAAUGGGAGCAGUACUUCACACAGAUAGCACAGCUUGAUCGGUGGCGCAACGCCAACUACGACUCAUCAGGAUACACUCAGCUAUCGCAGAACCGACGAGAAUGGGAAGCGUACCUUGAUCGAGUUGCGGACGAGAGAAAGGCAAGAGUGGAUCGGGACAGCCUGCAAGUAUUGGAGCGCUUCUACAACCUACAUUCAAUCCACAUCGUCAACGGCGACCUCUUUUUGGCCCACCGUGGUCUUCAAAAGGUUGCGGAAGAUUGUCCGAACGCUUCAUCUGGACCAGUCGUAUUCCGUAGAGGAUUCGAAACCUACAGCCUUCGCAAUAUGCCUGGAAUUGAGACUCUCCUGAUCCCAGAGGAAUAUUGCAAAUCCUCUCUGAAAGAGCUCACGCUGAAUACAGUACACUUCAAGUGUUUUGCGCCAUUGACGUCGAGUAAUUUCGACAACUUAUCAAGUUUGGAUAUCACGAUCUUCUCGCGGACAUUCCGCGACCGCUACCUUGACACGCAAUGGGUAGUCUUAAUGAUCAAAGGUUUUAGGAGGUUUUUGGCGUCUUCAACACGGCUUGAAUGUCUUCGAAUCGACCUCAAUCACGAGAAAGCAGAACCAAAUUCCUAUGAUGUUGUUUUAUCCAUCGAUCAGGUAUUUGACAAUAAGCAUACGUGGUCGGCACUACGAACACUAUCGUUGUGUCACUUCUCUGCGACGCCAGAUACACUGUUAUCGUUUCUGGGUAGACACAACUCAACACUAAAAGAUCUCAGACUGCACAACAUUAGCUGGAUAGUGGACAAUGGCGAUGAACGCGGCGAACCAGAGCAGAGAUUUUAUGCUCCAUCAGCGUCCGUUCGACACUGUGCAUGGCCGAGAGUACUGCAAGAGAUGAGAAAGUUUUUGUCUCUCGAUCAUGCAACUGUAACGGGAAAGCUUGGUGAAAACAGACAUAUGCACGGAUGGAGAUUACACGAAAAAGACGACGAGCUUGCUGCAGCAGUCUCGGACUAUCUAGUAAGGGGAGGGCAGUGCCCGUUAACAGCCGAUAAUGCUGAUUUCGAUCCUGAGUCUGACACUGAUUCCAAGAGGGAAGGUAGCGCAGCCUAG